AUGAAGAAAGUGGUCGAGCUGAUCGAGGGUUUAAAGGAAGAUGAAGUAUAUUUUACUUUCGAAUAUUUUCCACCGAAAACAAUCGAUGGAUUAUCAAAUUUGUACGCUCGAAUCCAAAGGAUGGCCAACCUGAAGCCAACGUGUGCCCAUGUCACCUGGGGCGCAAGUGGAUCAACCUCCGACACUAGCUUGGAAAUCGCUGCCAUGGUUCAAGAUCAACUCUCCAUCCCAGCCUGUCUCCAUCUCACUUGCACCAAUAUACAACGGAGUCAUCUGGAUCAAACUUUAUCUCAAGCCAAGGAAUCCGGCAUUGUCAACAUCCUGGCACUUCGUGGCGAUCCACCCAGAGGGACUGAACAUUGGAUACCCACUGAUCAUGAAUUCCAACACGCAAUCGACCUAGUAAAAUAUAUCCGAAAACAGCACCAAACCCAUUUCUGCAUCGGCGUUGCUGCUUACCCCGAGGGGACCACUGAAUUCGACCAAGACCAAGAACUGAGCUACCUCAAACAGAAAGUUGAUGCUGGUGCUGAUUUCAUCGUAACCCAAUUGUUUUAUGAUGUCGAUAUUUUUCUGAACUGGGUCAAAGCUUGCAGGAAAUUAGGAAUCAAUGUCCCGAUUAUUCCGGGGAUUAUGCCGAUUCAAAGUUAUGAUGGCUUUCGACGGUUGACUGCGUUAUGCAAGACGAAUAUUCCGGAUUCGAUUCACGCCAAGUUGAUUCCGAUCAAGGGAGAUGAUCAAGCCGUGCGAGAUUUCGGGGUGAAACUGUCGACGCAGAUGAUCAAACGUCUACAAGCCAACGGAUUCCGGUCCUUCCAUCUGUGCACGCUGAAUCUGGAACGGAGCAUCACCAGACUGGUCAAUCAACUUGGCUGGUGCCCUGGAGGAAUCAAACACUGCCAGCCGCUACUAGGACCUAGCGUCAAGAUUGGCACGGCCGAGAUCGUCCAAGGCGGCCUCUCAGUCGGUUGGGAUGAGUUCCCCAACGGUCGUUUUGGAGACCAACGUAGUCCGGCUUUCGGCCUUCGAGAAGGCUACGGCUCGAGUCUGACUAGCGCCUUUUCGCAUCUUACAACGGAUGUUCAUGCCCUUUGGGGUACCCCAACAUCUCUUGAAGAUAUCACCAACGUCUUCUGCGCUUUCACCGAAGGAAAAUUGCCCUCCACACCAUGGUCGGAAGAGCCGUUAGCUCUCGAAACGUCAUCCAUCACCCCCUUCCUCGUCCAACUCAAUCAAAAUGGGUGGUGGACAGUCGGAUCCCAACCCGCUAUCGAUGGAGCUGACUCUUUGGAUUCAGUCGUCGGAUUCGGCCCUGAAGGUGGACGAGUUUACCAAAAAUCAUUUGUCGAAUUCUUUAUUCCUCAAUCCCACCUCGAAGGCCUUCUUUCAGCAGUAGACGACUACAACAAAGAUCAUCCAGAGGGAGUCGCCCAGCUACGUUACUACGCUGGAAAUUGUAACCAAGAUCACAUCCGGACUAACGUGGCCCCCUGUGAAACUAACGCCGUCACUUGGGGCGUCUUUAGGGGUGCAGAAGUAGUUACCACGACUCUGAUCGAAGCUCAGAGUUUCAAAACCUGGAAGAAACAAGCCUUCGAUAUUUGGAAUGAUUGGGCUGAAUCAUUCGAGACUAACUCUUCACACCAAAGAUUGUUGAAUCAGAUCGAAGAUUCGUAUUGGUUAUGUAGUAUCAUUGAUCAUGAUUUUAAGCAACCAGAACACUUAUGGUCGUUUCUGAUCAACCAUCAACAGCGUCUUUCAACCAAGCAAUAA